AUGGCUACUGCAGCACCAUCAGCCCUGGCCAGUUCUGUGGAGAAGACAAAUGGAGCCAAGCUCAGCAGGCUUCUCAUCGAUGGUGGAACAACAGUUCUUAGGAAGAUUUUUGAUGGUCAUCAUCCUCCUGCAAACUUGAUUAUUGACUUAAAUGCUAAUUACCCCAUUCUUAACAAUCUCCGUCGUCGUCGAGUUUUAAAUGGCCAUCAGUGGGACAAACUAUUUCCAUCUGGUGGAGUCCCUCCAGAGUCCAACACCUUUGACAUCACUCUUUUGUUUCUCCUUCUGACUGAGAUUUGUGGACUAACCCCUCCCCCUUCAGGAUGGCAUACUAAACCACCCUCAAGUGACACGUCUCUUGAGGCUAACCUUGCACGGGUUAAGUUCUAUCGCAAUAUCUUGUAUGGUCAUGUGACAACCACUGGUGUUGAUACACCAACUUUCUCUGCUCUGUGGACUGAAAUUAGUGGUGUUCUUGUGAGUCUUGGUGUCGAUCAGGCGGAAGUUGAUAGGUUGAAGGCAGAGAAAGGUGGAGAGCAAGAUUAUAGUGACGUGUUGAUUGAGUGGGCUGACAGUGAAGAGGAUAUCAAGUCACAGUUAAAGAACAUACAUCAGGUUCAAAGGCAAACGCAUCAAGCAGUUGAAGAUGUUCGUCAGGCCCAGUGUCAGAAUGUGAAGGAGGUUAAGGCAGGUCUCAAGUACAUAAACGAAAAACUGGAGAGUUUAAAAGACGAAAAAGACAAGGACAGGUCAGAAGAGGUCCUUCGAAAUCUUACCAAGUCAGAAUUCAGAGGAGACAUUGAGUAUUAUGUGGAGAGAUUUCAAGAAGGGACCCGUGAGUGGGUCUUUGACAGAGUUCAGAACUGGUUGGAUGACCGAAGCUCUCAAAACCGUGUGAUGGUGAUCAGUGGAAAUGCAGGGAUGGGAAAAUCUGUCAUCGCAGCUGUUAUUUGCAAGAGAAUGCAAGAGGCUGGCAGACUGUCUGGAAGCCAUUUUUGUCAGUAUAACAAUGUACGCUACUUUAAACCUCAGUUAAUGAUUCAGUCGCUUGCCUGUCACUUGUCCCAUGCCCUGCCAGAGUACAAGCAAGCUCUUGUGGAACAGCUAUCAAGAAAUUUGGGAACAGAUCUGAACAACAUGGGUGUGGAGGAGUUGUUUUCACUUCUUUUCAAGGAACCUCUCAGUGCUGUAGGUGAUCCAGGAAGAAACAUGCUAACGGUAAUAGACGGCUUGGAUGAAAGCGAAUAUCAAGGACGAAAUGAGCUUCUUGACGUGAUUGCAAAUCAGUUUUGUAAGCUUCCUAUUUGGAUUCAUUUUCUUGUCACGACACGCCCAGCAUUAAACAUUGCAGAGAAACUAAAACAUUUGAAACCACUUGAACUAAAGUCUGAUGGUGAAGAGAAUCUUGAGGAUGUCAGAGUAUUUUGUCUGAAAAGGCUGCAACACGUAGUCAAACUAGCGAAUGUAGAUGAGUUUGUAGAAAGACUAGUUUUGAAAUCUGAAGGACUGAUGUUGUACGCCUAUUUUUCCCUUUUGUCGAUUACUGCAAAUGAAUCAAUUUUCCACGAGGGAGACCUUUCCGGUUGUCUACCAUUAGGAAUUUCUUCAGUCUAUCAUUCCUAUUUCAAACGUUUGGAACGUGAACUCUUGGAGGAACUGGACAUAAAGGAAGAAAAUUUCCUGAAUCUGUUGUCUGCCAUGACCGCUUCAAGGGAGCCCCUGCCAGUGGGUUUUGUUUCUAAAGUAUUAGUACCAGGUAUCGAUUCACCACUUACAAGGCGUAAAGUGCUAAAAGCCUUGAGUAGUGUCUCCGCACUUCUUCCCAUCCGGGAUGAUUGUCUUCACGUCAUUCACAAGUCAGUUAAAGACUGGUUAACAGACGUUUCUCAUUAUGGGGAGCAUGAAUUCAUCAUGGAUGAAAAUCAAGGACACCGUGUACUUGUACCCCUGUGUACUGACGAACUUGAUAAUCUGAAACGGAAAGGUGUACAUGACAUACAAUUUAGUGCCACUCAGAGGUACGCGCUGUAUCAUGGUACACAUCACAUGCUACACGAAGGUGUCAGCAUAGAGCCACAUAAGCUGGACAAACAGGCAGAUGCCUACAUUUUAGAUUUAGAAAUAGUGUAUGCGAAGACCUGCUUAAACAGCACAUUAGUCGCUGAAGAUCUCGUAUGGCUUAAAAAGCAUGGGAUUUUUACAUUGUUAUCAAAGAAUAACCAAAGUAUUAUAGACAUCUUGUUGUUUCUGUUGCGAAAGUACAUCCUUAGAUUUACGGAUAGUCCUCGUUACUUCUUUGAGACUGUACUUAAUCAAGGGGGAACAUUGUUAACUGUUCAGGCGUCUUAUCUUUUGCAAAAUAAGUAUCCUGAAAUAGCGUAUAUGGAAUCGGUUCAUAAGGAGACGCUGCAGGAAGAUAUUGUAACCCAAUUUAAAUGUUCAUCUGAUGUGGUCUGUUUGGACGUCUCUCCAAAGUUGGAUUAUAUGGUGUGUGAAUGUGAUGACGGAGUUCUCCAGCUGGUGUCACUUCAGACUGGCAGGCUUGUGUGGACACGUCCAGUUGUAGUAGAAAAGACUUACAGUGACCGCUCUUCAUGCCAUAAACGAAACUUGUCGUCCGGUGAUUUUUUAUUAUUAUUUCGAUCUGUUGUUUUUCACCCUACAAAAAUUUAUGUUUUACCUGGGACUCUAAGUGAGGCCUAUUCCUUAGACGGAGUCUUGAAACCGCUCUUUCCCAGUAGUAAGUGCAGAUUCUCAGUUUGCUCUAUUUCUGGCGACAAGACCAAGAUUCUAACUAACUGUAUGGAGAGUGAUAAAUGCCUUGUCUUGUGGAGUUUGGAAAAUGGCUCAGAGGUCGAUCGAAUCCUCGAAGAUGAGGACAUUUUAUCUUUUGCAUGGUCUGGCGAUGGAAAGCUUCUCGCAAUUUCCCAUUCUUCAAGAGUAAUUAGUUUGGUUGAUGUAACUUCUGGUUUCAGAAAACUAACACAAAUAGGUAUGCUAGUAUUAUGUGGCACGUUAAGAUUUUCACCUGAUCGUCAAUUUCUUUUUUGUGGUGAUGAAUCUAAAGUAUUUUGUCGCAAGGUUGACGUGGGGUCCCUCAACACAUCUUCUCCUGAGGUGUCUUAUGAUUUAAAGAAUUCUGAGUCUUUCAAUGAUUGUGGGUUUUUAUUUGGCGACCUUAUUCCCACAGAUAAAUCAUUUUUCUACUAUCCGACGUUUGUUCUUGAUCAGCAACGUCUGUUACUGUGCUUUCACGACGUAGUAGAAAUGUGGAAUACCAAAGAAGUUAGCACCAGCGGUCAAGGCACAGCUGCAGAUGCUAUUGGAAUAGCACUUAGUUUGGAUGGUCAGACCGUGUAUGUUGCAACUAAUGAAUCAGUCACUGCUUAUGACGUUUUCAAUGGGGACCUUAAAGCUGAGAUAAACCUCGAGUUUACUUUCAGCCGUCCUUUGUGUACUGUGAGAGAAGGUGUUUUAAUUUCAACAAAGGAAAGCACUGUUGAGUUUUGGGAUUAUGACCUCUCUAAAUAUAUCAAAAUAUGGACCAACCUGCCCGGCGUCGAACAGUUGAUCCCUGUAUCUGACGAACGAGUAGCACUCGUACUACAGCGUGAAGUGAAAUUCUUGGAUACCAGCAGUGGAGAAUUUGUGUCAACAAUCCCAGUUUUAGAAGAAAGAGUUCUUAGCUGUAACAGUAAAUGUCAGUUGUUAACGUUCAAUUGGUUUGCAGACUCACUGUGUUUGUUGGAUGGUACAACAGUUCUUUGGAAAAAGGAAGGCAUGUACAUAUUUCCCGAUAAGACAAAGGGCGUGUUGUUUUCACGUAUGGAACAGUUCCUCGUUGUCAUGACGGCUGAAGGCUUGAAAGCCCUUGAUGCCAAAACAGGAAACACACUCCGUACUUUGCAGAUCUCAUAUUUUUGUAGAAAUAGCAUCACAUGUACGUUUAUCAGUGACGACACAUGUGUUAUUGCUGGUUAUUGUAUACCUGUUAGCCUGUUCAACGUCAAAUGUGGUGAAUUUCUAAGUGUAAUUGAUGUGGAAAGUCAAGUAACGUGUUUAGCUGCCUGUCCUUUCAGUCGUGUUCUUGUCAUCGGAUUGUUCAACUCCACACCUAAUUUCAAAGUUAUCAGGUUGUCUUUGCCGCGAGGCAAGGACAAUGAAAAUGGCGAAAGGUAA